AUGGCGGACGCGCCCAAACCAAAAGAAAAGUCCAAGAUCUCCUCAGCCCGACGAUUGGGGUUGAAGAUCCGAUUGCUGACAGUAGCUGGCCAGAUGCUAGAGGUUGAGACGGAGGAGAAGAAGAGAGAAAGAGAAGAAGCUCUGGCUGAGAGAGUCCCUCCUCUCAAGCUUUCUGGCUUGUCUGUGGAUGAGCUCAUGGAUUUGUGCAAAGAUCUGCACCGUAAGAUCGACGUGGUAGAUGAGGAGCGAUACGACGUGCGACUGAAAGUUACCAAAAAUGACAAGGAGUGCCAUGAGUUGGGGCUGAAGAUCAUUGAGCUGCAGAGCAAGUUCAAGAAGCCAAGCCUGAAGAAGGUGAAGAUCUCAGCUGAGAUGAUGCUCAGUGUUCUGCUGGGCUCCAAGCACAAAGAGACAAUCGACUUCAAGUCCAACCUCAAGACAGUCAAGAAAGCAGAGGAGAAGAAAGAGGAGGUCACCGACUGGCGUCAAAAUGUGGAUGCCAUGUCAGGCAUGGAAGGCAGAAAGAAGAUGUUCGACGCUUGGUAA